CAGACGUGCAACAGACAGCGUCAGAGUAGGUUUGUGUGUAGCGCAGCGAAAGUAUUUUGGAGCGAAAGAGAGAGUAAAAGUUUUAAGUAAAACGCAAUUAUGGUGUCAACAAUUAAAUGCAUUUUGGCGGUGGCCAUCAUGAUUGGCUUUGCCUGCUCGGCUUUCGCAAUCAAAUGCUACCAAUGCGAAUCCCUCACCAAUCCCAAGUGUGGCCUCAAAUUCGAAGCCGAUGACACGAUGCUGAUCGAUUGUUCCCGCACUGGACCCCCACGCUAUCUGCAGAACUUCUUCCAGUUCCGUAAUGCCACAGGUUGCAUGAAGAAGACGCUCGAAAGUGUGGUCGGCCAUCCACAAAUCGUGCGCACCUGCUACUUCGGCGAUGUCUCGAACAUACAGAGCGGCUGCCAGUCGGACCCUUCCCUGCCCUUCGUCAGGCAGCUGGGCUGUGACGUGUGCACCAAGGACGAAUGCAACAGUGCCGGCUCCUUGGCGCCCCUCGCCGGUGCCAUUCUGAUGUUCUUCGGCGUGGCCCGUCUGCUCUCCUAAAUGACGAGUGUCCCCUAGCUGCCUAGGAUCUUAGCUUUUCAAUUAGUUUUAAGCAACGCUAUCUCACUACUUGAACUACCUUUAAAAUGUUAUUUAAGUUGUUCGUCCUUUGUGAAUAUUGCUUAAAUUUUCAUUCUCACUUAAUUACAAAUACAUUGUUGUAGACAAGAAAAAACAAUCAGCAUGCGCCUUUCAUUUGUUGUGUACAUUUUGAUUGACAAUAAAUGUAUUGAAAUUCUGCACUUUGCUUUAUAACGAA